AUGACACGAAGAAAAAGAAUAAAGAAAGUCUCAGGGCAGUUUACCAACUCUGCCGACUUACAAAAUCGUUUUUUUGCUGAAGGAGAAGAACGCAGAAAAAAAGGCGAUAAAGCUUCUGGAAGAUGUGAAUGGGGAGGUAGUCAUAGUCUUCAAGAGGACUGUGAAUCAUUAGCGAAAUUUUUCAAUGAUACUAAUAGCAUAGCGGAUGACGUUAGUGAAAUAAAACUAUCAGCUAAUGAAACAAUCUUCAAUCAGAAAAAACAAGCAUUAAUUACUAAAAUUAAAAGUCUUAAUACAAAAUGCCAAACUUCUGACAGUUAUUCGAUAGCCACCAAUCAAUUAAGCGAAGUGGAGAAACUAGAACCUAAGCACCAAAAAGAGUUAUUACAAUUAGAAAAAGAGGCUCAAGAAUUACAAUCUGCUUAUGAUGAAAAUGUCAAAAAAGCCAAUGACACUAAUACUAGUGUUGCAGAUAAAAACAAGUUUCUAUUGCUUGCUGAUGAAGUAGCGAAAAAAGCUAAAAAUUUAAAAUCAAAAAUCAAAACUAAUCCUUUGGCUGAUUUAAGUAGGUUCAGUAAUUUAGAUGAUUUAGAAGUUCUUUUAAAAGGUAAUAUUCCUAAAAAACCUCCUUCUAGUUCUGGAAAUCCAAGAAAUACUAAUCCAAGUAAUGGAGGAGAAAACUCUAACUCUAACAAUUCUCAGCAAUUAAAGAACCUAACCAUUAUGACUACUACUAACGAAAUUAAACAAAAACUUGGUGAAACUACUGAGCAAUUAGAAAACAAAGUUAAAGAAUUUAGUCCUUAUUACACUAAUCUAGAACCUUACCAAAGAGGCUUAAUCUUAAUUGAUAAAUAUUUUGAUUUUGAUAAUCAGCAAUCAGUAAAGACUGAUAAAAAGAAACAACAAAAGCAGAUUUUACUAACAGUUUUGCUAGUUGGAUUAGGUUAUUACUUUUUCAUUUAUUUACCGGAAGAGGAAAAUAAAAAGAGAAUAUGGGAAUUGCCAAUUAACAGUUGGGCAGAUAGAGAGGUAAGCAAGAUAAGAAGCACACUGAUCAGAAAAUAUCAAGAAGAUGCUUCUAUUUUUCCCGAUGGUGAUAGAAAUACAAACUUUUCUUUUUCUCGCUCUGCUACUUAUACAAUUCACUUUCCUCCAUCAUUACAAGAAUAUUACGAAAAAGCUCAAGAAGAAGAAAUCGACAGUUCUUUGAUAUUAAGAGAAGAAAAAUUGAUUCUCUCUGAGAAGAUUUUAAAAUGGAUUGAAAAAACACAGUUUAAUCCCAUAAGAGGUCAACCUGACUCAGAAAAAAAAGAUAAUAGUGCUUUGCUCUAUGGAGCACCAGGAACUGGUAAAACUGCUACUAUGAAAAAUCUCUGUUUCAGAGCCAACAGAUAUCCUUUAGUAGAAAUAAAAGGGUCAGCAUUAACACCUACCAAAGAAGAUCAAGAAUCUAAAUUAUUACCUUUAAAAAAGUUUGUUUAUACUAUUACUGAUCAAAUUUCUAAUAACGCUUUAACUCAUGAUCCAACUAAACUAAGAUUUUUAAAAGAUUGUUUAGAAGGGGUAGAUCAGUCAGCUCGUAGCAAUAAUUUAUGGGUGUUUGCAACUAAUUAUUUAAACGAUGUUGAUAGUGCGUAUGCUACUGAAUAUGGCAUUUAUUACCAAUUACCUAAAAGAUGGCAAGAUACUAAUGCUUUAAAGCCAGAAGACAAUCACAACAGUUUACUAAAUUAUGAAGGCGAUUAUGAACAAUUUCAGAAACCAACCAUAGAAAAAGUUUUGGAUACUCGCUUAACAAAUAUAGUUAACAAAAUUGAAGAAAAGAUGGAUGAUGUGCUAGAUGAAUUAGAAACGAGUAGAAUUGAAGGCAGAAAAGAAAUAACUGAUA